CAAACAAACUGUGCAUUGCACGGGUGUUAACCUAGUCUAGUAAAUAAAACUGUUACAGAGUAUUGAUUAGAAUCACCCUUCAGCUAGUAUGAUACUCCGUAAAUGAAAGUAGGUUUUACUGUUUUAAGAAAGAAGAUUUGAGUGAGGAAGAACUGAAGAAGGAAGGCGGGAAAACUUUUUAGGUUUUAGACUUUUAGUUCCUUUAUCAUCAAUCAAAUUACGAUGGCUUCGUCCCAACAACUCUACUCUGAAAUCAAACUUGCUGAAUCUCAAAUUCAUCAAAUUAGCAAUAGUUUUCUUUCUCUCCAAUCUCAGUUCUCACAGCAAUGGAAAACCCUACAAAAUUCCUUGGGAAAUAUCCAAAAUUCACUUCAAACUCGUUUCAAAGAGCUCGAAUUAAAAGAGCAACGCCUCAAUUCGCUUCAGAAGUUCAUCGAAACUCGUCAGAAAGAAGUUGAAUUUAAAGAAUAUCAACUCAAUUCCACCGAAAAGUUCGUCUGCGAUCGAUGCAAAACUUUAGGGAUGAAGGUAAGCGAAACUGGUAAUGUAGUUGUUAAAAUUGAACCUUCAAUUGAAUUUAGAGGAGAUUGUAGUAAUUCAGAUGCUUCUAUUAAGCUGUUUGUUACAAUGGAUGGCAAAACCCUACAAAUGUUUUUGAAUGAUAGGGUUGAUGAACAUGAAUUUAUGAGUGAAGAGGUUAAGAGUGCGCUUAAGUUAUCAAGCGAUCCUGCGAAACUGGUAUUAGAUGCUAUGGAAGGGUUUUUUCGGCCACAUUUGAGGAAGGGUAGUUGGGAGUAUGAAGGAAAUGUUGUUAGGAGUAGUUGCGUACUUUUGCUGGAGCAGUUACUGGAAUUGAAGCCUAAAAUCAAGAAGGCCGUGAAAGAGGAAGCGAGGACGUUGGCUGGUGUGUGGAGGGAGAAAAUGAGGCUGGAGAGUGGGAAUUACAUGGUGGUAUUGGGAUUCUUGCUUUUGGUGGCUGUUUAUUUGUUGUGGUGGGAUUUCGACAAGGAAGAAAUCAGGAUUCUCUGUGAGGAUGUUCAGCAGCAUAGAGUGGUGGGUGAACUACAGUCUAGACUUGGGUUUCUGCAAAAGUGUGGUGUGAGCAGCAGGGCAUCACAAGCUCAGAAAAAUGAGCCAUGUUCUCCACCUGGAAAGAAUGUGUUUGUUUCACCAUCCAUGGAUCCUUCCAUUGACCUUUGCACUUUAUGCAAGGGGAUGGAUGGAAAAACCCUACAAAUUUUCUUGAAUGAUAGGAUCAAUGAGCAAACUUCCAUGGGUGAAGAGGUUCAGAGUGCGCUCAAGUUAUCGAGUGAUCCUGCAAAAUUGGUACUGGAUGCCUUGGAAGGUUUUUUCCAUCCACAUUUGAAGAAGGAUAAUAUGAAGUGUGAAGGAAUUGUUGUCAGGAGUAGUUGUGUACUGUUGCUAGAGCAGCUGAUGGAACUGAAGCCUGAAAUAACAAAGGCGGUGAGAGAGGAGGCCAAGGCGUUGGCCGGCAUUUGGAGGGAGAAAAUGAGGGCGGAGAGUGGGAAUUACAUGGUGGUAUUGGGAUUCUUGCUUUUGGUGGCUGUUUAUUUGCUGUGGUGGGAUUUCGACACGGAAGAAAUCGGGAGUCUCUGUGAGAUUGUUCGGCAACAUAGAGUAGUGGGUGAACUACAUUCUAGACUUGGAUUUCUGCAAAAGUGUGGUGUGAGCAGCAAGUCAUCACAAGCUCAGGAAAAUGAGCCCUAUACUCCACCUGUACAGAAGGUACCAUCCACGGAUCCUGCCAUUGAGCUUUGUGCUUUAUGCAGGGGGGUGGAUGGCAAAGCCCUACAAAUGUUCUUAAAUGACAGGAUUGAUGAGCAAACUUUCAUGGUUGAAGAGGUUCAGAGUGCACUUAAGUUAUCGAGUGAUCCAGCAAAACUUGUACUAGAUGCCAUGGAAGGGUUUUUCCAUCCACAUUUGAAGAAGGAUAAUAUGGAGUAUGAAGGGGAUGUUGUUAGGAGUAGCUGUGUACUCUUGCUGGAGCAGUUAAUGGAAUUGAAGCCUGAAAUCAAGAAGGCGUUGAGAGAGGAGGCGAGGGCGUUGGCUAUUGUGUGGAGGAAGAAAAUGAGAGCAGAGGGUGGGAGUUACAUGGUGGUGUUGGGAUUCUUGCUUCUGGUAGCUGUAUAUUGGUUGUGGUAUGAUUUCGAAAAGGAUGAAUUCGGGAGUCUCUUUGUGGUUGUUCAGCAGCAUAAAGUGGUGGGUGAACUACAUUCUAGACUUGGUUUUUUACAAAAGUGUGGUGUGAGCAGUGUGGCAUCACAAGCUCAGAAAGCAGAGCCAUAUACUCCACCUGUAAAGAAUGUGUUUGUUUCACCAUCCACGGAUCCUUCCAUUGAGCUUUGCACUUUAUGCAAGGGAAUGGAUGCAAAUGGGUUGAAAUCAUUUUUAAUGAAGCAUGUAAAGGACCUGAAGCUAUACCAUGAAAAAGUUUUGGAUUGUCUUCGAAGUGCUUCAGAUCCAGCAAAUCUUGUUUAUAAUGUAGUGCAGGAUUUCUAUCUAGAACUGAAUGAAUUUCAGGACGACACGAACAUUUCAUGUUGCAGUUUUUUGUUAGAGCAAUUGAUGAAACUCUCACCACGUAUUAAUUAUGUGCUGAAAGAAGAAAUCAUGAACUUUGCAGCUUGUUGGAAGGCUAGAUUAGCAAUGGAGAGUACCAAUCCCUUUAUUGUUUUUGGCUUUUUGAAGUUCUUAGCUGCCUACAGAUUGUCGAGUUCCUUUCAAGCAGAUGAAAUUCUUUCACUAUUCGAUAUAUUCUGUGAUAAGGGUGAUAUCUAUGGAUUUGAACAAAUUCCUGGUUUAUGCCGUGCUCUGGGUUUGGAAGCAAAGAUUCCAGAUCAUAUUCAAUCUCUUAUUAAGGAGAAAAAGCGGCUUGAGGCUGUUCGCUAUAUAUGUGCAUUUAAUCUUGUUGGUAAGUUCCCUCCAGACCCUCUACUGAAAGCAUACUUGGCAUACACCGAGGCAGCUGCAUUGGAGAUGUGUAAGAAAUUCAAUAAUUCGGUUAAGGCUCAGAACAAAUGUGCAAAGAAGCAAAUAAGUGCACUACAAAAUGUAAUCAGAUGCAUUUACGAUUUCAACUUAGAUUCUGAGUACUCACCCCUACAACGCAUUAGGCAACUUGAGCUAGAGAAGGAAGAAAGAAAAUCCUCAAAGCUGGAAAAGAAGAAAUCAAGAAAGCAGAAAAGGUCUGCUCCAACUGCUCCUUGUGCUGACCAAACUCAUCUGCUACAGGGAUGCAGUCAAGAAAAGCGUCCUCGUACUGACACUGUUGAAGAAUCUGUUUCACCCAAUGUAUCUGUUCCCGAGGCCUCCAACGUGAACUAACUGAAGGUUGGUUUUUGCUUUUGUACAGUAAUUAGAUAGUUUUUUUUGCUAGCCUUCCGAUUUGUAAAUGGCGACACUCUCUGAGUUUUUGCUCAAGCUGUGCUUUUGUAAAUGGGUGACACCCCCAUGAUGUUCUUAUUGGUAUAAAGCUUUGUUAAGUAAUUAUUUUAUUCUAAGUGCCAA